CUCCAGAUUCACCAUGCAAUCGAAGAAUAAGUCCCCCGAUCAUGUUCCGCAAGUUGAGCUGGCCAACGGCCAGAUUGUCGGCCUGCCCGACAUGCCCAUGAAACGGCGUUUUAGUAUAUUGAGUAUCAUUGCUGUCGGGUACAACAUUUCCAACAGCUGGGUGGCGAUUGCGUCUAGCUUUGCUAUUGCCAUUCAGUCGGGUGGAGCGCUGUCUUUGCUAUAUGGCAUUAUCGCCGUCACUGUCGCUAUGCUGGCUACUGGGUUGACCCUGGCUGAACUAGCCAGCGUCUAUCCCACUGCUGGCGGCCAGUAUCACUUCACUUCCAUUUUGGCGUCGCCACGCUGGAGUCGUGGCCUCUCAUACUUUAGCGGUCUGGCUGCAGUUUUCUCAUGGCUUACCCUAGCAGCUUCUAUCGCACUGGCUGCCACACAAGCCCUGAUGGCCAUUGUCAUUCGAUGGCAGCCUGAAUACCAGGCUCAGUCAUGGCAUUACUUUCUUGUUUAUCAGGCUUUCAAUGCGCUUAUCGUCCUCUAUAACAUUUUUCUGACCAACAAAACCCUUUGGGUCUAUAAUAUAGGCUUCAUACUGUCGAUAUCAACCUUCCUCGUCAUAACCAUCACCUGCCCCGCUCGCUCCUCCCCCGAUAUCGAUUCCAGCCAAAUAUGGACACACUUCGUUAAUGGAUCUGGCGGCUGGCCUGAUGGUAUUUCGUUCCUCACUGGGCUUUCAACUCCCCAGUUCAUGCUCUCUGGUCUCGAUGCGACGCUGCAUCUUGCCGAGGAGUGCCUUGAGCCGGAACGCAUUGUUCCCCGCGCUGUCAUAGUCACCGUUCUGGUGGGGUUCCUGACUGCGUUUCCGUUCGCCGUGGCCAUCAUCUAUAGUGUGAAGAAUGUGGGGGACUCGUUGGAGACGGUUACAGGCUUCCCAAUCUACUUCCUCUGGGAAAAAGCCACCCGCUCCCCCACAGCCGCAACGGUCUUCAUGACCGCCCUCUUCGCCGUUUCCUGCGUCGCCCUGAUCGCCGUGCAUCAGACAGCGUCGCGUCUGACAUGGUCAUUUGCGCGCGACGAAGCCCUCUUCUACUCUCAUAGACUGGCACGCGUGAGCCCACGUCUCGGUGUCCCCGUUUACGCGCUCAUACUGAACGGCAUCGUCGUGCUAUUGGUCGGAAUCGUAUAUGUUGCUUCGUCGACCGCAUUCAACGCCUUCAUAUCCACUACCGUCAUCGUCGCCCAACUCUCCUACGCCGUCCCCGCCGCUCUACUGCUUGUCAGUCGUGGCGACACGUCCUAUCUACCUUCCACCCGACCGUUCCGGCUCCCCGCGGCUGUGGGCUACGUGUCUAAUACAUUGUGUAUUAUCUGGGCCGUGGUGUUGUUGGUUUUCUUUUGCUUUCCGGCUACGGUGCCCGUGAAGGCAGGAGAUAUGAAUUAUGCGUCUGUUGUGCUGGGUGUGAUGCUAGUUCUGGGCGUCCUCAAUUGGUUUGCUUAUGCAAGACAGCGGUAUCAUGGUCCUAGGUUGGAGUGA